CUUGGCCGCCAAUCCAUCAUCGCUCUGCGUACCCGGAGUCUGUGCUGCCCUGACCCCGCGACGUCGCGGCGUGGCGGGCUGAUGCCCUAGAAUCGGCCCUUGAAGUUGGAGCGGUCGCUCACAAUAUGCCCGCUGGCAGGCACCGUCCACCACAUUGUACCAGGACUGGGAGAGCCUGGCGCGGCGUUGUAAAAUUUUUCAUCCACACAUCCUUCCGUCCAUUCACAUAUUUGGGGCGGCUUCUCGUGGCACCGUGCGGACAGGCCGGAGUUUCUGCGCAGGAUUCGUCCAUGAUACUAUCCCCUCCCAUUUCACACGACCAGAAAAGUUUGCGGCCAUGGCCAUACCCCAACCGGCUUAGCACGCCACCCCCGGGUUCGACAUCUGGUUUGCUCGACAAAACCUCGUCCUGCAUUGGACCAAAGAUGGUCAUCUGCAGGAAUGAAACGACACCGACGAACUCACACCGGCUUUCUCGGGGUGCAGCUCAGCGACUCAGACGCCGCAUAUCCGACUCUAACCAGGGCGCUGCCUCGAGCUGCAUUAUGUUGUCGGUUCCCUGGACUACUCGCCAGUCAGCAUGGUUUGGAACACCACUAGACCGAUAUCGACCUGUCGAAUCGCUGCAACGAGUGAGACACGAAGUCGACUCUGCCUGCAUCGAACUCCUAAAUUAGGACCGAAAACCUUGGGAGACACCUCAGGAAAUAGAUCCUGCAUCUGCCUGAGACAUUGUGUCUUCUCUCAGACACCCGGGUUUACCCAACUGCUGUGCCAUCCCGCCAACGGCCAGAACCGUCGAUGAGUAUUGGGCCCUGUUCCUGCACCUGACCUCGUUGUCUUCGUUACACAAAACAUCGGCCGUCAAACGUCGCAUUCAGGGCCAGCCCUGCCAGUGCCAUGCACCGGUCACGUUUGCCAGUGAGGGCCAUUUUGGCAGUUGCCAAACCCCAAUAAUCGGUCGCAAGCGGGAGCGUUUGACGGAAGUUGCUCCG